UUAGUAGUCAGUACAAGUUGUUGACAUCGAUAUAGGUAAAACAUUGUAACCACAUAGUGAAUUGUGAACAACUGUAGACUUUCGUGUGUCUGGACGUGGCGAAUUGGUUAUGUUAGUUCUUUGAAGACUUUUAUUGUAUUAAAUUUUACGCUGAACAAAAUCCUUCUAAUAUGAAACUAGCGAUCCAAUUUUCUUGUUUUAUACUAUUCCCGUGUUUUGUUCUCUCUUUAGAAUCCAUCAAUUCAGAUAUCGUUAUAAAGAAUGCUGACCGGCAAAUUGAUAUUUCAUCACAAUUAGUUAAAAUUUUAAACAAGUUAACCAUAGAAAAUACUGGGAAAUCAGUUGUGAAGACAUUUGCUUAUGCUGUUGAGCCACAGUUCAAGAAAUUGGUUUCAUUUGUUGGUGCUCAGGUGACAGAUGGUUCCAAAACUCCAUUGAAAGUCACCGAGACUCAGGUUACAGACCAUCCCACCAAGGGCUUCUGGCGUGUCCACCUGAGGGACAAUCUGCCACCUGGCAAACCGGUUGUCGUGGAGGUGGAGGUGGUACUGACCAAUGCCCUGUUACCAUUCCCAGCAACCAUUACACAGAAGGAGAAGCAGCUGGUCAUGUUCAAGGGCAAUCAUUACGUCUACUCCCCGUAUAGUGUCCAUAGGCAGACCACUACUGUCAAUGUUGGCACCAAGAAUAUUGAGUCUUUCUCUAAGCUGAAUCCGGUCUCUCAGUCAGAUAUGAGCAUCACGUACGGACCUUACCCCCAAGAGAAACCGUUUGCUGAAGUCGAGCUGGUUGUACACUACGAGAACAACUCACCGUUCCUGACUGUGACGCGCCUUGAACGGUCCCUGGAGGUGAGUCACUGGGGCAACAUCGCUGUCGAGGAGGUUGUGGACGUAGUACACACUGGUGCCGUACUCAAGGGACCCUUCUCCCGCUACGAGUAUCAGCGAGAGGCACAGAGUGGAGUUUCCAGCGUCAAGUCUUUCAAGACGGUACUGCCAGCAGCUGCGACAGAUGUAUAUUACCGAGAUGAGAUAGGCAAUAUCUCUACCUCUCACAUGCGUGUACUGAGUGACUCUGUGGAACUAGACUUGAGACCGAGAUUCCCUCUCUUCGGUGGUUGGAAGACACACUACGUCCUCGGUUACAACGUGCCCAGCUAUGAGUAUCUAUUCUAUUCUGGUGACAACUAUAAACUGAAGAUGCGCCUGGUGGAUCAUGUAUUUGAUGACAUGGUGGUGGAGGAGUUGGUCACCAAGAUAAUCCUGCCUGAAGGAAGUAGCCAUAUUCAACUGGAGACUCCAUACCCAGUCCAACGUCUGCCUGACUACCUGCAUUAUACUUACCUGGACACCAAGGGCAGGCCUGUCAUUACUGUACGCAAGACAAACAUCAUCGAGAACCAUAUCCAGGAUUUUGAGUUGAACUACGUGUUUCCUCGAGUUCUUAUGCUACAAGAGCCACUUCUGGUCGUCGCAUUCUUUUAUAUCCUCUUCCUCUUUGUUGUUAUCUACGUCAGAUUGGAUUUCUCCAUUUCUAAGGAUGAAACUAGUGAGAACCGCAUGCGUGUGUCGGGGCUGUGUGACAAGGUGAUUGCCCUUCAAGAAAAACGGACAGCCACCUACAAUGCGUUCAACGACCUCUUACAGAAGCUCAAGACCAACAGAGAUGUCUCAUCUUUCUUGAGUGCAGUGAAGACGUUGAACCAGGAGCACAAGAACGAGACAGCACAAAUAGCAGAACUGCUGACAAAACUUAAAGCCGAUGCUCCCGAACUGGCAGAUAAAGUCUCGGAUCUUCAAAAACUCGACAAGCAGUUGAAAGAGCACUACAACCAGCAGCAGACUUUCUACGUCGAGAAAGUGGUUCCCUGCAAGAUUGGACGCAACCAGUUCACCGAAGCUGAAAGUGCAAUCAAUAAGAAGAAAGAGGAGUGCUUUGAAAAGAUUUGUCAGAUACUGAAAAAUUUACAUUAGGUAUCAUAAAGUCCUUUUCCAUCCGAAAGACAAUAUUUUUAGUGUUCUUUUAUACGGAACUGUCUAUUUAAAAGGUCCUCUGUCGUACGAUAGAGCACCACAAUUGUGGUGUAUCGUGAUGUAGGCUUAAUUUUAGAAAGGGUGAGUGAGUAUUGGGGUUUCUGAGUUUGAUUCAAGUUAAACAAAACAUACAUUUCCGUAAGUUCUGGCUUAUAAAAACACACUUACUGUUUAUAUUUUGAGAGCCAUGUAAAUGCAUAUUGAGUAUAUAAGGGUUUGUCUCCCUAAGUUUAAAGAUAUGUACCUUACUUAUAAGAAUCUUGUAGCAAUUUUCUCGGCUAUAAAGAUGGCUUGUUGGUGUUGUUUACAAACAACUUUUACUUAUUUGUUAAAAAAGUAAUUAAUUCCAUUGAUGUUCCCUAUUGUAUUCAGCUACAAAAAAUGUGCACCAAAUUAAUUGGAUUAAAAUAAAACUCCUCUGCUUGGGUCAGCUUGAAAAUCUGUACUUACCCAUCUCUAUUAUUUACUAAGUACAUAUUAUAAGUUUAUUUUUCAUACAUUUUAUACAUUAAAAAAACUUAUGCUAAAAAUCAUGACAAAAUCAACUCUGGUGUACUUUAUGUACAUGAAAUUUUGAACUCAGUCUUUUAGAAAAUUACUUGUAAACCAAAAUACCCAGAAUGUUAAAACAAUACUAGUUUUGUCAUAUUAUUAAUUUGAAAAAAGUAAUAUAUAUCAAAAAAAUAAAAUGUUGUAUUAUUUUAGUACCUCCAAAUAAAACUGAACUAUACUUAUGUCCCUUUAUAAGUUCAUUCGCACCUUUUUUCACUACUUUUUAAAAGUAUUCAGCUAUGUAUGUGUAUAUACACAACACAUAUACAGUACAGUUCCACCAUACAGUUCUGUAUGGUUGUUUGUACACAGAAACAUGUUCAGUUCACAUGGUACAUUGUUGGCAAAGUGUUCUAUUCACUUAUGUGACUGUGUAGGAUAUAUAUAUAUAUAUAUAUAUAUAUAUUACUUAUUCGUAACUUCAGAAUAUUUUAAGGAUUAAGGUAACAAACAACCAUAUAUUUGUUUUAAAUUAGAUUGUUAAGUAGAGGAACUGAGUUGGUAAACGAACCCACAAAUAAAGCCACACAUGAACCCACACAUAAAGUUAAUAUACCAACUCAGUUUCUCCACUUAACAGUCUUAAUUUUAAACAAAUAUAUGCACUUGUGUACUUCUGGCAUAAUUUUAACAGAUUGUGGUAUGGUUCUAUAGUUUCAGCGUAAAAUCUGUAUGAUUAAUAAUUUUUCUAUAUAAUAGUAUACUACUAUAUAAUUCAUUGUUUAUUUUAAUAAAAAUAAAGAGUAUAUAUGUAUAUUAUUUUAUAUUAUGUAAAUUGACUGUGCAUGUUUUCAGUUUGGUUUCCCAUUAAAGGACAGUGGGAGCAGACAGGCUCGGAGACCAACGAUUAAGUUUGUUUUAACAUGGGAGCACAUCAUAUACCAUCUAUUUUUAGCAUAGCUACCAACAUUGUGUAACAAGUUUUACAGCACUUUCCUCUAGUUGUGCCUAGUACUUUCAGUGUAGCUCUGUUCGAACCGUGUUUAUUUCUAUGUAAAUUUAAAGACAUUUGUAAUGAAAUUAAAUUUUGUUGUGCGAGAUUGUGGUAAUUCUGAUGAACUGAAUAUCCCAAUUUGAAAAUUUGCAAAUAUUGAGAUUCAUUGGAUGAACAUCAUUUCAAAGAUGCAUAUCUCAAUAAGCAAAUGCUCACACAUAUGUACCUAAAACAAUCGUAUUAAUAAGUAUUUUAAAUCUUCGGAAACCUCAAUGUUGCAAGAAUUUGAGCUGACUCCCACUGUCUACUAUGUUUUUAGGUUUUAGCUUUAAUCAGCUCAGCAUAAUUAGUUGAAAACUAAACUAAAAGAUUAUUUUGUUAUGAUUAUUAUAAUAUUUAUAUUUUAGUUUUAAAAAUUAAAAGUGGAAUACAAUUCUGCAUUGUGGAUUAAUAAUUUAAAUACUAUCAUUGUUAUAAUACAAUAAUACAUCAUACAAUUAUUAUCAUUGUUAUUAUAAUUAAUUAUUAUAAACAUGUGAAAUUACUUUGUUGCUACUCAUAAGUUUAGUUAAGACUGCAUUUUACAUUAAGGUGUUUGAAACGUUAUUAAUUGCUUUGGGUUGAAAGAAUCAAUUGCUUUUUAUCUUUCAUCAACAGAUUCCAGAUCACUCAAUUUGUAGUUAACUUAGAGUUUCCAUGGAUUAAGAAAUAGAUACAAUUUGUUACGUGUACACAGUUUGUUUGUGUUCGUAACAUUUAAAAUGCUAUUGUUUACAAUGUAAACCUGUAAUUUACUUUUAAGCCUAGUCAUUCAAGAGACACGUUUGACAUGAGGGUCUGAUUUGGCGUAUGACUGUUUGAAUGCCGUUUUCCUUUUAUGACUGGUGCUGUACUUUUGCCAGUGGGUAAGAAAUAAAUAGGUUGAUUAAAAAGUA